AUGGUUUUCAGUCAACUAAAAUCGUACAUACCAUUCCGAUACAUCGGAUUCCAUCAUGGGCUGGAGUUAUUGCUCGUUAUCUCUAUAAUCCUUCUGUCAAUACUGCUCGUCGGGUGCACAACAGAGAGCAUGAAGGACAUUUACCUUCUGUCCUUGUCGUACACCGGUACCGAGCCGACGACGACCGACACGACCAUCAUCACUGCGAAUGUAUCCUCCUGCAUGACUCUAGCAGCUGCCAGCAAAACCCUUCUCACCGUACGCGUUGGCUAUUUCGGAUAUUGCAUCGUCGACAACGGCGUCACGUCCUGUUCAAGUGACGCAGGCUCUCUGGCAACAUUACUACGGCAGACAAACUCAAGCGACCCGUUGAACAUGUUAUACAUGGUCAAAUCGUUCCACGACCAAACCAUCUUCAGCGCCCUUCCAUAUCUAACCCGCCCCGGCACGGCAAGCGACUCGGACUCGGAGCGGGAAGUCAAGCCGUUCCCCUGGAAGGCUGUCUCGUGGCUGGCCUGGUUCAUGACCCUCGUGGCGACCUUGUUCAGCUUGGUGGCGGCGCUGUGGCAGCAUCUUUCGAGCGCCGCCACUGCUACCAUGGUCAACACUUUGACGUACGGUACAGUCUCUGGUACGGUGGGUGCGGGCGCGAUGGCCUUUGCAUGGAUUGCCACGGGGGUCUUGUUCAUCGCUGUAAUCGGGUUGCUGCUGAUGAUUAUGAGCAUGCUUGCAUUCGAGUUGUUCUACGAUGCUAGAUGA